AUGAGUAAACGGGACAAUCUUGACAAUUCUAACGAAUUGAACUUUGGUAAUAAUCAUCCUAGAACAAUUUAUCCUCAAAAUUCGGAUAAACGUCAAUUAGAACAGAAAAGGAGAAGAGUUACUAGAGCUUGCGAUAAUUGCCGACAAAAAAAGGUAAAGUGUGAUGGAAAGCAACCGUGUAUUCACUGCACAGUGUAUUCGUACAAUUGUGCCUAUGAUCAGCCUAAUAUAAGGAAUAAAAAAAAUAGUGGUAUCCCAAUCCCAUCAGGAGAUACGAGUGUAAUAAGCAGUUACAAAGCGCCGCUUAGCCAACCAAAGGAAAUAAUAACUACGUCGCAUGUAAAUAGCAAUCUCAUACUUGGGCAGAACCUUUUAAACUUGUUAUUGCCAAAGCUUAAGUUAAACCUUUUCGACGAAAGGCCAACACAGUUUGACUUCGAGAAAUUUCAGAAGGUUUAUCAAUAUGUACAGUCUAAAAGCAAUGGACAGACAAAUUUGAACGAAAUAACAGACUUGUAUCUGGAUGGGCCUACACCAUUAUCGUCGCCUUCAACAUUGGAUCGCCAGCCUUCUGUAUCAUCUAUGGACGAGAAUUUAGAUGGACGAGAAUUCAGGAUUAUUUUGCCCUCAAAAGAUAUAGCUUUGCAAUUGAUUUUUACAUGUUGGAAUAAAGCUUGUGUAUUGUUUCGGUUCUACCAUAGGCCGUCGCUUUUAGAAGAGGUUGAGUUAUUAUUUGGACUAGAUCCUAUGAACUAUACCGAUCGUCAACAAAAGUUUUUACCGUUCUUAUAUUCUAUUUUAGCAUGUGGGCUGCUUUUUUCUAAGCUGUCUAACCAAUCAACUCCUAAUAAUAACACGUUAGAAGAUGAUGGCUUCAAAUAUUUUUUGGAGGCCAGAAAAUUAAUUGAUAUUACUGACGUUGGCGAUAUUAUUUCAAUUCAAACCAUUGUUAUGAUGAUUAUGUACCUCCAAUGCUCAGCUAGAUUAUCUACUUGUUAUUCUUAUAUUGGUAUUGCCUUGAGAAGUGCCAUAAAGGAAGGGUUACAUCGUAAUUUAUCAAUUUUUCAGAAUUCUAAGAGAGAAUUAGAUCCGAUUGAAGUAGAUACAAGGAAAAGAUUGUUUUACACUAUUUAUAAGAUGGAUAUUUAUAUUAAUUCGUUACUAGGUUUGCCUAGGUCGCUCACUGAAGAUGAAUUUGACCAGGAACUACCUGAAGAAUUAGAUGAUGAGAAUAUUACCCAUGCGAAGUAUAGCUAUGAAAAACAACAAGGAAAAUUGUCGUCUUCCGCAUGUGCAAACCAUCAUACGAAGUUAAUGUUAAUACUUUCUCAUAUUGUUAGAGAUCUUUAUCCAAUAAAGAUUAAGAAACAGUCCUCGGUUGAUAAUCCAUCCCCCGAUCGUAUCCAUUCUAAGGUUACUGGACUAGAGCAAGAACUCAAGAACUGGUUAGAUCAAUUACCAACGGAGUUAAGACCCACAGAUCCUCAUGAUGUAGACUCUGGUAAGGGUAUACCUGAAAAGUUUGUACUAGCAAAUUUUUACCUCCACUUAGCAUUCUUGAAUUGUCAAAUCAUGUUGUAUCGUCCUUUUAUUCAUUUUAUCAGUAAUGGAACACAUUAUCAGUCUGCAGAUCCAAGGUCACUUAUACGUGGUAGGAACUGUAUAAAGGUUGCAAGAAUGGUUGUAAAAUUGGCUAAUAAGAUGAUAGACAAGAAUUUAUUAGUUGGAACAUAUUGGUUUUCUAUGUAUACAAUAUUCUUUUCAAUUGCUUGUUUGAUAUAUUAUUUCCAUUAUGCUCAUGAUAAUAAUUUGAACCUGUCUGGAGUCAAUUAUGCUGGCAUUUUAUUUGACGAUGAUUUAAACAUUGAUAUGAUUAAACAUGAUAUUGAGAUUGGUCGAAAAGUGUUGAACUGCUUGAAGAAUAACUCAAACUCGUCUAUGAGAAUUUAUAAUAUUUUGAACAAUUUAUUCGAACAACUUAACAGAAGAACAGCGAUUAAAGGUAAAAAUGAUUCCGUGGCUACUCAUCCUCCUUCCAUCAUUAAUAAUACUACGGAGGAAUCCCAAAAUGCUUCUCUGAACUUUGAUAGCAUCAACUCUUUCGCAAGUAUGAAUAGUUUUGAAUACCCGGUAUCGGACAGCAUUAAGAAAGAGACAAUUCUGAGCGACUUCAGAACUGCCUCUCAACAGCAAGAGCAACAACAAGCAGCAAAGCAGGCUACUACGAAGACACCUGUUGAUAGUAAAAAAUCUAUUGAUCUGUUAUUUAAUGAUGGAUAUACUAAUGUGUAUAAUAUGCAACCGCAAACUAAUGCCAUUCCUACAACGUAUCCAAGUGAAGCGACUUCAAUUCAAAAUUUGGCAUCAGAUGCAUCUACAACUCCAAAGGGACCUGGUAAUCAACAAAGUGGUGAGUACUUACCUGGUGUAAUUGACAAGCUUGACGCUCAAAUUUUUGGUAGAAUAUUACCACCAUAUAUGUUGGAAAAGAAUGCCAAGCAAGUAAACAAUAACCUGAAUCUGUCCAAUAAUAAUUUCAAUUUAGAAAAUGUGAAUGAUUUUCAGACUCAAAGCAUUGGCGACGAACAGCAAAUGAACGUAGAUAACUUUGAUUUUUCAAUUCUUGGUAAUUCAAAUCUGAUGGAUUAUUUGGAUCCGUUCAAUCCGAUUAAUGAAUCGCCUUAUAACUUCAAUAGGCAAGGUUAA